AUGCUGCUCCUCAGCAUUCCAGUCCUGGCAUUCAUCGCUCUCCUACUCCUCGCUCUCUACAAAUUUAUCAUCUACCCAGCCUUCAUAUCGCCACUUUCAAAAGUUCCAAAUGCCCACUGGACAGCCCCUUUUUCCCCGGCAUGGAUCAUCUGGACCAGGUUCCGCGCUCAAGAAAAUCGGACGGUUCACGCGGCGCAUCUCAGAUUAGGUCCCGUCAUCCGCCUUGGUCCCAACGAGCUCAGCGUCAACGAUGUUGCGGGCUUAAAAACAGUCUAUGCAGGUGGGUUUGAGAAAGGAGAGUGGUAUUCCAUCUUUGAUAAUUAUGGAGUACCGUGCAUGUUCUCAGUCUGGCACUCCCGUGAACACGCGGCACGAAAACGGAUGAUCUCAAAUGUGUAUUCUAAGUCCAUGAUGCACAGCUCUCCUGCUCUUGAGCGACAGGCUAAAGUAAUACUCUACGAUCGACUUCUCCCAAUCCUCUGCUCCUCGUCCUCGGCGUUCCCGAACGGCAACGCUAUUGACAUCCAUGACAUCUGGAACGGAACUACCAUGGACUUCAUCACCGCUUAUCAGUUCGGUCUCAAGAACAGCAGCAACUUCCUCCAGGAUGAGACAUACCGCCGUCACUGGAUGUAUCUCUACCAUUGUCGAAAGACAUAUCCUUUCUUCGCACAAGAGAUUCCACGUUUGACCAGCUUCCUUAAAUUCUUCCAUAUCCAUCUCGUGCCAACAUGGGUGGAUGAUGCAAAUAGAGAACUGGAAGCUUGGACGCAAGAGCGUUGCAAUUCCACCGUGGCAUAUCUCAAAGAGUCAGCCGCUGACGACAAGGAUGUUGGCAAUGAACCUGUUGUCCUAGGGGCUAUGUUGGCCGGGAUUGAAAAGGAGAAGAAGGCCAAAGGAGACACAUCCGUGCUCGCAGACACAACACUCAAGUACCCGGAACUCAGCAUCGCGAGUGAAAUGAUAGACCAACUCGCCGCAGGACACGAGACGUCCGCGAUAACACUCACAUACCUCUCUUGGCAACUGUCCAAAAACCUCCCAUUACAAGACGCACUCCGCGCCGAACUCCUCACACUCUCUCCCAACAUGCUCCUCACAUCUUCCAAUUCCCACAACAACAACAACAACAACAACAACAACAACAACAACAACCUACCCAACCCCAAAGCAUUAGAUUCCCUGCCCAUCCUCCACGCCGUCCUCAUGGAGACGCUCCGCCUGCACGCCGCCAUCCCCGGGAACCAACCCCGCGUGACUCCCUACCCAGCAUGCACCUUGGGACCCUACGCCAUCCCCGGCGGCGUCCGCGUCGGCGCACAAGCCCACAGCGUGCACCGGAAUCCCGUCAUCUACCCGGAGCCCGAGAAAUGGGAGUACACGCGCUGGAUGGAUGACCGGAACGGGUACACGGAGGAGCAGAGGCAGGCGCGGGAUCGCUGGUUUUGGGCCUUCAGCAGUGGAGGGAGGAUGUGCAUUGGGAGUAAUUUCGCUAUGCAUGAAAUCAAAUUGGUCGUCGCGGCCGUGUAUUCGAAUUUCAGGACGCAUCUCGUGGAUGAUGAAGGUAUUGAGCAGAUGGAUGGCUAUACAGUUGGGCCGAGAAGCAAUAAGCUCUUUCUGAGAUUCGAGAGGGUUCUGGAGCAAUGA